CAAGUCCAUAUUUGCUCUAUUUAAUCAGAUAAUUCGAGAUCAUAUCUGAUAAAAUGUUCUCCUUGUGUUAUAACUCCUCCCUGAUAGUUUUCCAACGCCUACGUCUUUGACCUUUGGCUGCCCAGAAUCAUGAGUGAAGUUCCAAGCUUGCACGAGAAGCCCGAGGCUCAGGUCACGUCGACCAGCGAGCAGGAUGACGAGUCUCCUCAAAAUGACAAAAGGGUUCCUGUUCCAUUGAGCAUGAAGAUUAUCUCGGUCGUGGUUGUGAGCAUGAUCGGGUUCGGCGGCCAUUGGAGCAGCGGUGUGACCGGGGCGCUGAAGUCGACCUUGAAGAAAAAAAUGAAUAUCAACAACACUCAGUUUGCUCUACUCUCUUCAAGCGAGAACUUCAUCAAAACCACCCUGAUCCUCCCCACCGGGGUCCUUACAGACCGCUACGGUGGUGCUAGUACCAUGCUCUGGGGCAACGCUCUCUUCAGCGUCGGCGCCAUCCUUGUCGCAGCGUCGACAACCGUGCGGAACUUCAAGUUUAUGAUCUUUGCCACAGUGGUGCAAGCCCUAGGUGACACUGCCACCCAAUGCGCCCAGUACAAAAUAUUCUCUUCUUGGUUCUCGCCCUCGCAUGGAUUCGCCUCGACCCUGGCAUUCGAACUUGCCAUCGGUAAGAUCGGAUCCUUUGUCGGCAAAUCCACCGCCAACGUCAUCAGCAACAACCUGGGUGACUUUUCCUGGACCUAUUGGAUGGCGGUGUUCAUGAAUCUCUUCACCAACCUAGCCACGCUAUUUUUCUGGUGGUUCACCCGAUGGUGCGAAAAACGCUAUGUUCCAAUACGGGAUCCGGCGACGGGCGAGGUACUGACCGAGAGAAAUCGAAAGCUGGAAAUCACAAAGAUGCUUCGGCUACCUUGGUCAUUCUGGCUGAUUUGUCUCUUUUCGCUCUUCCAGACAUCAACGGCCGGUGUAUUCAAUUCCAAUGGUACCGAACUCGCUGAGCAGCGAUUCAAUAUCUCAGCCGUCAAGGCUGGGUGGUAUUCUGCAAUGUCACAAUACCUAGGAUUCUUCUUUGUCCCCUUGGUUGGCAUUUUCAUUGACAUUUUGGGGCAGCGUCUCACUGUCAUGCUCGUAUGUGGUAUAGGCAUGCUCAUGGCUAUGUGCCUGGCCAUGUGGGGACCGACCGUAGCAGGAACAGCAGCCAGCUUUGGUAUCUACGCCGUGGCCUCUUCCCUUGGUCCGACAGUCAUCAUCGACGGCAUCCGCACAAGCAUGUUCUUUCAAGAGGUCUUUGGUUCCGGAUACGCAAUCAAGAUUGCCAUCAACAACAGCAUGUCGAUGAUCGUGGACAUUGUUGCAGGCGUGAUCCAGGAUAAGGACAAUGACAGCUACGACCACGUCAUAAUCCUGUAUGUCGUUCUGGCGGCCGGUUCCGUUGUGGUAGGCGCCACAAUGGUCACCCUGGGCUACUUGAGCAAUAUCAUUGGCUUCCUUCAAUGGAGUCGAAAGGAAAGGGUUCGCAAAGGCCACAUCAUCAAUGCCGAAAAGAAGGCAUUCGCGACCAACAAAUAUGCUGACUGGAACCGGAAGCUCAGCAUGACGAAUUUCUGCGCAGUCAUUGCCUUGAUUCUCGGUGCUUGGGUGACCUAUUUCUGGGCAAUAGCCACGAGCCAGUACUACUGAGUAGUAGAAAAGGGCACUCGGCGUCGAUAAUUCACGUAGGAUACGUGUAUUAAUAUAGAUAUACAUGCGUACUUAUACAAGUGGUGGCGAAGGAUCCC